UUCGUAGCGGAUUCUAAUUAGGAUUUAUUCGACUCAUAAACCCAAUACCGUACCGUGGUGGACUGGGUGAAGCGGAGGGUUUAUCUGCUUGAGACCGUCAUGAAAAAAAAGGCCAGAUUUCACGUAGGUGUCGAAGGGUUGAGGCCGAAGCCCGCCCACUGUGCCAAUCAUAAGCGGAUGACGCUCUGCCCCCCCGUCGCCGACUUCACGGCCUUCUCCUCGCCGCCUCUGGUCGACGUUGGCGACGAUGGGAUGCGCGCGGCGGUGGCGAAGGUGGAGAGCCUCCUGGGAUACCCGUUUCGGGACGCGAGGCUCCUGGAGGAGGCGCUGACUCACCCGUCCCACGCCGAGCAUCCGUCGUACCAGCGCCUUGAGUUCGUGGGGGACGCCGCCCUUUGCAUCGCAUUCACCAACUACGUCUACCUCACCAACCCCGGUGCCAACCCCGGCCAGCUCUCUGCCCUCCGCGCCGCCAACAUCUCCACCGAGAAGCUCGCCCGCGCCGCCGUCCGCCACGAUCUCUACCGCCUCGUCCGCCGCAACUCCCCCAACCUCGAUCAGAUGGUGGGCGAGUUCACUCGGUCGGUGAUAGAAUGGGAGGAGGAGGAGGACUUGGGAGGGCAGCCCUACGGCGGCCACAUUGUCAAAGCCCCCAAAGUGCUGGCUGACAUCGUUGAGUCCAUCGCCGCCGCCGUCUACGUCGACUGCAACUUCAAUCUUGAGACACUCUGGAGGGUAAUGAGGGGGAUGUUGGAGCCGAUAAUUACGUUGGAGACUUUGAAUGAGCAGCCGGUGACGACACUCUACGAGUUGUGCCAGAAGCAUGGGAAGAGUGUCGACUUCAAGAACUGGAAGAAGAGAAAGACGAACGUCAUGAAUGUGUUUGUGGAUGGAAAGCUCAUUGGAAUUGGAUCAUCGGAGCAGAAGAUGAUCGCGAAGCUCAACGCUGCGAGGGAUGCGCUGGAGAAACUGUCUUGCCCCGAGGCGGUGUUCAUGAAUAUCGGCCCGUGUUCCGCUGAGGGGGAUGGAGCAGGAGAGCAGAUACAAGGAUCGAAGCAAAAGCUCCAUGAGCUGUGCAGCAAGAAGCGGUGGCCUAAGCCGGUCUACAAAACUGAAAGGGAAGAUGGACCUCCUCAUGACAAGAGAUUCGUAUGUUCAGUUCAAGUUGAAACUUCAGAUAAUACUUUUAUUACAUUGAGCGACCCCAAGUCAAGGGUGAAGGAUGCUGAGAAUGCAGCAGCAUGCAAGAUGCUUUCUGAAAUACUCGAUUAAUCUGACACCCCCAUAAGCUUCGCUGUGGAAACCAAGUUAAUUCUCUUUUUUUUUCUUAUUUAGGCUUAGUCAUUUAUUAGUUUACAUUUUAAUGUAGAUCAUUGAUUGUUACUAUUGUUAUUUUAUGGGAAUUGUAGUAUUUAUUGGCCAUAGGUUCUUGGGGAGCUGCGUACAACAAUUGGCUAUACCAUGCUGAUGUGCAGUAGUUGGAACUGGUAAAAUUAUUACCUUGGAUUGAUCCAUUUGACUUGCUGCUUUUUCGAAAAGUUUACAAGUGAAGACUCCAUGCUCCUCAAGUGUGCUUAAUCCUGUACUUUUGGAU